UUUGUUGCAGAAAUAAACGCCAACGAACAUGUAGAAGCGUCAAGAAUAAAAAGAGAAGGGAUUUCCGAAAAUAGGGACCUGACAGUUCUUCUAGUGAACGACCAAAACCGAAAUGACUAUAACACGAAAAUUGGGCGCUACCACAGCGUAAAACCUCUGAUAGGACUUCUUACUUCCACGGCAAGAACGUUCAUUCAAGAUGGAGUUACGACUGAAUUCGCCACGCAAAUACUCGGCACCACACUGGACAACGGCAGAAUAUACGCCCAACUCCUUACUAAAUCGUCGCUGGUCCUGUAUAAUAAGCCCUCGAACGUCGACGAUGACCUGGUCCAGCCCACUCGCGUACACUCCGCCUUCGACGGAAAAUGGAAUCUGAAACAAGAUCUGGGCAUUGUAGAUCCAGACAAAUUCGUUUUAAAAAAUACUGAUUACUUGGCUCCUAGCAGUAAAAUGGAUAUAAUUUACGCCAGCAAGCCUGCCACCGAUAGUUACAAAGCGUGGAAUGCUCCUCCUGUAACAUACGAAAACACGCCCGACGACAAUCAAAUAUUUGAAGAACCUGAGGCACGCAAAGCUCAAAUCGUCAAAGAAGAGCCCAAGUUUGAAGUAUACAAUUAUCUCGAUGGACCGAAUAUCGAAGGUGAAAAGAAUAUUGAACUUGUUCGUCCCGCGUUUUUAAAUACAAUUGAAUCUUUGCAUCGUCAAAGUAAAGCGUAUGACACCGUAACUGAACCAGUAAAGGAAAGCGUAGAAAAUGAUGCUGAUACAAUAAAUGAAUCGAGUGUAGUUAAAGUUAAACCAGAUUACGAUUUACCGACCUUUACGAUUAAAAAUGAAUUUUCUCCUAUAUUUUAUUAUAUCGAUAAUGUUGAGUCUCGUUAUUCACCUCAGCAGCCUUUACCACAAACGAAGUUACCUAAAAAGUUGUUUGGACAAAGUAGUGAACCAAAAUCGAAAACUACGUUUACAUACGCUGGUUUUGCCGAUUUCACAACAGUUGUAGGUGAUACGGUUAUAAUCUUUAGUCCAAAUACAGAAACGGUACGUCAGCCAAAUCCUGACGAAGUGAAUGUUUUUUCUGUUUCAAAACCCGCUGAAAAUUUUGCUACCAAAAUAACAUUCCUUUCCGCUGAUAUACCUGUCGCCACAGCAACUUAUAAUGCAGAUGAAAUAGUUUCAACCAGGGUUGCCAUCUCUACUAGUAGUAGUAGUAGUAGUGAAAAUAGCUCUGAAAGAAAUCUUUAUAAUGACGAAGAAAGCCUUAAAAAAGUUAUGUACAAUGUUGAUGAUAAAAUGCCUGAUACAGUUCAGGUCAAAUAUAAUAAUGGGUUCGAUUUAAAUAUUGACGUCAUUCAGCCGUCAGAACCAGCUUAUACAUUUUCCGAGAGUUCUAAAAACACAGAAGACAUUAGUACUGUACAAAUUCAAGACUUCAGCUCGCGUGCUACCGAGCCCUUAGAAAAUAUUUCUCCUUCAUCUACAAUCACUACAACUCCUAAAGAGUCUGUUGUGACUGAAAGUAAUUUAGAUAACUCAUUCACAAAUCCUGCCGAGGAAUCAGAAAAUACAGCGGCCGAAGUUAUUGAAAAUAACGAGGAAGACGAAGAACAGGAGGAAAAUGAAGACAAAAGAACUACUUUAGGUGACCAAGAAGUCAAGACAACAACUGAAAGUGGCCAUAGUGAUGAAUCGUAUGAAAUCGAAACUACAACAGAAAAUAAGUUGAAUAAACACAAAGAAGUUUUCUGCACAGAUGGCAUUGAAACCUUAUCAACAAUGACUACAGCUUAUAAGACACUAACAUAUUUAACAACAUAUUUCAUACCUCUUGAAAGUACCGAAACAACGACUUCAAUAAAAUCCGAUGUAGUAGUUGAAAGUAAUGUUGGCUAUCUGACCAAUGUGGUAUGUAAAACAAAUAUUGAUAUUGAACCUACGUCUGUUUUAUCUAAAGAAUAUCAGAAUACAGAUAUAAGCCACAUAGAAUCACCUGAAACUAUCCAGGAAACCGAUAACAAUUUAUCAACUCCUUCUUUAGAAUCCGAAUCAAAUACAGAAAAUAUUGGAAAACUUACUGUACAAGUACAAGAGCAAGAGAAGGGUGAAGAAGAAAUUACGACUCAUGAAGAUGUAACUACAGAAAAAAUGCAAAUAGAAAAUGAACCUCCAGUACAAACAUCAACUUCGAAAACUACUACAACGACAGAAAAAGCAGUUACAACUCAUGUUGAAAUAUCUGUGACUACGGAACACACACCAGUAGAUGACAAUAAACCUAAAGAGGACGAAAUAAAUGAUUCUGAAAAUGAAAUUGAUUUAAUUUACAAAACCUUAUAUACUACAUAUACCUACUUUACAACUUUCUUUGGAGAUCAAACCUCUAGUGUUGCUAGCCACAAGUCUAUUAUAACAAAUAUUAUAACGUCAACUGUUGAUCUGUCUAAUUUUGAUCCGUCACUUUUCGAUUCCUACAAUGAUGAUGAAAUAGCACCAACAAGUGUUAUAACAGAAAAAUCUACAGAAACAAAUGCAAUCAACAGUAUAAUUGAUUUGGUAAAAAAUAAAGACGUUAUCGAGUCUGUUGAAGGAGAUCAAUCUUACAGCUCACAAACGCCUACACCUGUACUUGGGGAAGAUGUCAUAGCAAGCAUUAAACCAGAUGGUGUUAAAACAUACUUUACUACCUACACAUUCUUUACAACAAUCUAUGUUGGAUCUGACGCAAAUGUGUGUAGUCGAAGUGAAGUUUAUACUAACUUUGUAGGACCAAAUGAAUUAGUACCAUCAAAAACUAAUCAAAUAUCUGCUGAAAAUACUAGAGCUCAGUUUGAUUUCAGAAAUUGCAAACAAGUCAAAGGACUCACUGCACAAAAUUCUGAAGAAAAUUCUUCUGUUGAAAGUAGUGUUUCUUCAGAACAAGAUAAUAUUAAAGAAUUGAAAGAGAAAGAUCCCUCGAAACCUAAGCCUAUUGAGGUAGAUAUGCUGUUCAGUGUUGAAUCCAAUCCAAUACUAAACGAAAAUUCUUUUGUUACUGACAUAAAAUCUUCCUCUUCAAAAGGUGAAACAAAAUAUUUGGACAAUAACAAUGUUUUAGACGAUCAAAUAAGUUCAGAGAGUAAUAUAGAAGAAAUAUUACCAUCACCCACACUCUUGCUCCAAACAAGUUAUACUACAUUUACAUACUUUACUACUAUGUACAUUGGAAAAGAUUCAAGUAAAGUGAAAAGUCGAUUGGAAACUAUUACAAAUGUAGUAACAGAAACAAUCUCCCCUAAGUCUGAACCUGAAGAAGUAAACAAUUUGCCUAUAACUUACUAUACUACGUUUACAUACUGGACUACAUUAUACAAAGACAAAUCAACUACUAUAACGAGCAGAGAAGAAAUAGUAUCUAAUGUCGUCACUCCAACUCCGCAAUCAAUACCAACAAUAAGCCCUAUUGAUACAACACCAAUCGAUGUAGUAAGUGAUUUGCCACAAAAAGAGUUGUUAGACCCAAUUAAACCAUCUAUGAUUCAAGAUAAUUUGGAAACAGACGAUGGAAAAGCUACGUUUUACACAACAUAUACAUAUUUUACAACCUUCUAUGUUGGUAAUACGUCACAAGUGCGAAGCAGUCUUGAAACAGAAACCAACAUUGUAGAAAAUACAAAAGUUUUAGAGGAUAAUCAGAUAGGUCGAAAGGUUCCAACAGGAGGUAUCGAUAAGAAUUUGAUACAAGACAUCGGUGACAAACCAAUAGUUACUCCUACUAAAGUAAAAGAACAAAUUGAGGCAACACUUUUGCCCAAUGUUUCUGCUCCAGCAUCGACUAUAUUACAAGGAACUUAUAUUGAUAAUUUAUUUGCAGAAGUAAAGCCCGUUGCAAAUAAUGCAUCUGAAACUACAACAGAAAAGAAAAUUCUAUUUUCACAAGUAGCAGUUAUAUCGGGAGAUUCAACCAUCGUUACUAAUGAUAAUACAACUUUACCAGUAGAUACUUCAUCAACAACAACAACGACUGAAUCACCUCAAAUUUUAACUCCCACUCCCGAUGUUAUCGAAAGUUCUGUCGCUGAACCCGAAACCACAACUGAAUAUAAAGUAGAAUCCGGUGAGGAGGAAGAUGAUGAUUCAAAUACAAGGAAAAAAGGCAGACUAACGUUUACUACCAAGAAACCAUCAUUCACCCCAGUUAUCAUUCCUUUCGCUUCACGGAAUAGACCUACAUUCAGCCCUAAACGUCAAUCUAUUCCAAGUAGUGCCACCACAAUAACUCGAGCUGAUUUCACCCCUACAAUCACUGCUACACCAACACUAAAAGCCGUUAGAGCAUCGAGUGGCUUCGGAGGUAGUAGAAAACAAUCUGCCGUUCCUAGUUCAUCAAGCCCUGGACGAAAAUUUGCUGGUCGUGGCAGUUCUACUAUAAACUUAAACGCUAAUGUUCCCUCCUCAAGGCCUGGUUCAUUCUCAAGGGGAGGAAGCAUUCAACCUACAUCAAGACGAACCGGAUUCAGAUCAAGCUCUCUUCGAAGUAAUAGUUUGGAUUUAGCUAGUAGAUCUGCAAGUGCAAGAGUAAUAAGACCUACAGCGUCAUCUAGACUACGAAACGGAAGACAAUCAUCUUCGUUUUCAAAUCAGCCAGCAGAGCAAAAUGAAUUUGAAACUUACGCAACUCAACAAGAUGAUGGAGUUACAGAUUCUCUGGAUGAAGUGACAGAAAACCCAAGGACCACUAAUAAUCCAUUACUUAAAUUUAGACGACCACCAGUUGCCAGGCAACCUGGUACAGCUAUUAUUCCGCGAGCUACCACAUCUGCACCAAAGAGAAGUGCUACACCUCGUGGACGGGCAACCACAACUACUACAAGAAGAACAACUACUCGUACUACGCCUAAUCCUUUACUUUCUUUACGAAGACAACGACCAAACGCAUUAUUCCCCAAAAGAAAUCUAUUUAAGCAACCAGAGCCCGAACCAGAAGAAGAAAUAAGACAAGAAGAACAAAAUGUUAGUGAAAGCGAAGAAUUAUUAGAAGAAGAGGAAGAAUUCGACGACAAUGAUUAUGAUGCAUCUAACAGGAAAGAGCAACAAGUAGCUACACCAUCAACUCCUCAAUUCAGGAGAACUGCUAAUAUAGUACAGAUAAGACCAUUCGCUUUCAAGCGACGUACCAAACGUCAGGUAGACUACGGUAAUAGAAAGUUCACUAACUUCCGAAGACCUGCUUUAAAGUCUGUAAGCACUCGCAAACCAGAGCCUGAGCCUGAAACUGAACCUCCUGCGCAGACAGCACUAAAACCGAAAUCUGGUCGCCGCAUAUCUUCAGGAAACCGCAGUCCAUCUACAUCUGCAGCUCCCAAAUCCUCUGCCAGACAACCGUAUAUAGUACGAGGGGAGAGUAGAACAACAACUACAUCAGCUCCUGCUUAUAGAAGAGGUAACUCAAGACCAUCCUCCAGGACGACUACCCAUUCUUCACGACCAAAAGCACCUAGAUUAUCUCAUAAAAGUACUCCAUCCUCAAGAUCUGGUUCCUCGCGUUCUUCUACGGGUAGAUCCCGAUCUCGAACUACCACAAGUAGACAAAGAAGUUCCUUCGAGAAUCUAAGUGGAGAAAGAUUUAAUAAAUACGACACUAUUUUAAAUGAUGGUAAAAUUACAGUUACUCAUCAAAUACCAUUUGAAGUCACUGUACCCGUUGUAAAUGGAAAAGUAACUGAAUAUAAAAACCUAUUGACUGCUAAGCCGAAGGUUGAAACUCUUUUGCUUAAUCAAAUAUCGACUUCUAUUGGUAUACUCGGCAACCAACAGCUAGUACUUGCAGUAGAAUCAACUGGAUUAGGUGAUAAUGGAGCUACUAAAAUAACAAAAUACGUCCUACAUGAAACACCAACAACGACUGUUAUUUUCACCCCAACAACAAUAAGGGGUCGUAAAACUUCUUAUUCACACAUUUUACCUAGUACCAUUUAUAAUGUCGAGCCAGUGGUUCAGACAAUAGCGCCAGAAAUAAAUUCUAACGUACCAUUAGCAAACUUACUACUCUCUCAAUUACUUUUAGGAAAUCAGCAGCCGGGUAUUAAUCCUCUAUUGGCCUUACAAGGUCAAGCUUUAUUACCUCAACAACCAGUAGUACAAACACCUGUAACAGAGUACAAAACAAAAACGACAACAUAUGUUACGACAGUAACCGAUGCUAGGGAAACUGUUUUACCUAUCACCUUCCGUGGUACACCCAUAUUAACGACAAUCGUCGAUCCAACAAUCGAAGUCAUUACUGCUACUGAAUAUUUCACUGAGACAGUUGUAACAACGCCGACAGUAUUAGCGCCUCCUCCACAGUAUAAUUCACUACUUUUGCAACAGAUCUUAUUGCAACAGCAACAACAGCAGCAGCAGGCUCUUUCUUUACAAACGGCUAAUCCUUUGCUUGGCUUAGCUCAACCUAACUUCAAUCUUGGACAAAACAAUUUACUGCCAAACCAAAAUAAUUUCCUUUCAAACGACAAUUUAAUCAAUGAUAUUUACAGCAAUAGUCCAAAACCAAACAUUCUAUCAGAUUUGAAUAGCAACGAAGAAGAUUUUUCUGAGGAUAUUCCCAUACCGGAGAGUGAAGAAGAUGUACCUCCUCCCCCACCCCCACCACCAACACCACAACCUACUUCACCCCCUACGCAUACUCGCAAACGUCAUAAACAUAAAGCUCAGUCUCCAGCCGCACAUCCAACACCGCCGGCACCGAAAAAACUAACUAGCGUCGUCACUUUAUAUGUUUCUGGAAAACACCCCGGCGAAUUUAGCACUGUUCUAUCUACUGUGGUCAGUGAUGAUACACAAACAGUCAGAAAACGCGAGGCAAUAUAUUAUGAGGAUGCCAAAAUAUUACCUUCGAUAUUGCCGACAAUCGAUCAGCUAUCGAGCUCACAGGAUGACAGUUUGCUUGAAAAUUCCAUUUACACAAAUCUAGAUAAGUACAUUGAGAGCUCCUACAGUGAUUCACAAGUUGAAACACAAAGUUUGGAAAGUAUAGUCGGUAAAAUCAGUGACCACGUAAACUACGACGCAUCGCCUACAUAUGUUGUAAAAUUCCAAACACCUUCGAUGACUAGAGAUCAAAAACAAACAUUUAACACAAACGGAAUAGUUUUUGAUAAUUCCCCAUGGCGGCCCGGGCGAGACAUAGAUGUAUCUCAAGACAACGCAGAAGAUGAAAGAAAGCUCAAAAAUUUAGCAACAAGGAUCAUGUCUAACGGUGUAGAAGUACUGGUAAAAGAUAAAGGAUCUAAUGAUAGGACUGAACAGACAAAAUACAUGGACUUGAAAACUGUUCAGCCAACUCAAAUGAGCAACAUGUUUUCAAGUCAAAUUCAUAAAAUUAACAAGAGAAUAGACAGCGAUGAUGAAGAUGGCUUUGAAUUAAUUCAGCCUUCAGAAAUAAAUCACGUACCCUGCACCACGAGAUCUUGUUCAUGUAGUCAUACCAAAACAGAAAAUUUGAAAACCAAAUAUACAAAUAUUAAUGACUAUAAUUCUAAUUCCCAAAAAUAUACAAUGAAAACAACAAGGUUCAGUGACUUUAAGAUAAAAUCUACAAUCAAAGAACCUGUCGAUAAGAAAACACAGUAUAGACCAUAUGAAUAUGAAAGUACAUCUCAAAUAGCUCCAACUGAUAAGAUUGUAGAGAAAUAUACUGAAGUAAUAAGUGACUACUCAGAUGAAAAGGAUACUUCAUCCAUAGAGGCAAAUGACCUCUUAACUAAUGAACAAGCACCAUCAAUGAACCAACCAAACAAAACUGCAAGUCACAAAAAUCCCAUUAAACAUAAAAACGAAAAGCCGCAAAAAGUUGAUACGAAUAAAUUGGUGGUCGCUGAACUAAUUAAACUUGGGUCUUUGGGUAUAAAAGGUUUGAGCCAAUUAGCACCCGUUGUAAUAGAAAAAAUGACUGGUGGUUUUAUGAAACGCCAUGACAAUAUCAAUAAGACUGUAGUAAGUACAACAAGUACAACGACAGUCAAACCAAUAUUAACAAUACAUUCAUACAAUGCUAACAAAAGAAUCGACAGCAUGGAAACUAAGCAAGGAAGUUUUCCAAUGUAUAUACCAGUAGAUGAUAUGGAAACUGCGGAGUCUCAGGUUGCUUUUACAAAUGCUACUUUACAUCAGAACAUGGCUUGGGCAGCGGAAUUCAAAAAUUCAAAACCCCACAUAUUAUUAAAGUCCGUUCAUGAAAGUCCUUUAGUAAAUGGCGGGAUUCCUAUCAGUCCCGGAGACAUUAUAACUGCCAAUUCUGAUGUAAUUGUUGGGAAACCUGCAGUGGGUGGACCUCUUACCUUAGGAGCAAGCGGACUCAAGAUACAUAAUCAUGUAAGUUCACCGCCUGUUGACAAUUAUGUUUCAGGUAAUGAGCAUUAUGUCAUUCGUGAAAAUCGCCCUCAAAGUGACCAGAUCAUUGAUGAUUCUUUCGAUUUAAGACCUCCUGAAUUGUCUAAGCCUAGCAAAAAUAUACCUAGGCCCUUAAAUCAGCACAGUGCUAUGACACAUGCUAAACAGCCAAAUAAGCCUAAUUUAUCAAAACCACCUUCAAAUGAGUUUAAUAAGCAUAUGAGUAAUAAAAAUAUACCUGUCCCACUUAACCAUGGAAGACCCGCCUUUUUGGACUAUAUUCCAUCUUUGAAAAGACCAAAUGGGAAUAACAACAUGUUCGGACAAUCUAGUUACCAAGUUACAGAAACUGACAAAAAUAAAGAAGACAUAGCCGACAAUAGCCCAAGUUCAUCUGAAAUAGUAAGCAGUAAAAUAAUUGCUGAUGGUGAAUACUCUAUUCUUGAUCCCGAUGAUUCCAUCACAAAACCGUUUUUGGUAGACAUACAGCCGUCAAAAGUAGCUAAUGUUUUAAUUCCACAUGGAAGUACUACUGCUUUAGUGUUUGCUGGUUCAUCUGAACCACACAAGACUGGUAACUAUGUUGACGCACCUCUUCCAUAUCCCGAACCAGGAUAUUUUGGUAGUUUUAGUAUUGACGCUCCUCAAAUGACGAAUGUUCAUAAUGUGUCACCGAAUAAAAAUCAAUUUUAUGAAAGACCUGAUGAGAAAUAUUUAAGUGGUUCAUAUAAAAUCAAUGAUUCACCAACAGACAAAGAGAAUUUCUUUAUAAAUGAUCAUAAAGUGAAGAAUGAAAACAAACGUCCUAAGGAUUAUAGUAAAGUGCCACCUCCUACCAGCAUCCAAGAGAGUCAUAUUAGAGUAGGUCCACAAAUAACAGUUUAUAAUCCUGACGAUUUCAAAAAUGAUCCAGACAAGUUCAAUAGAAUUAAAAACAAUAAUAAAUCAAACGAAUUAAAAGAAGUUAUUGACAAGGAAUAUGAAAAUUACUUAGCAGUUCCACCUCCGCCACCAAAAUUAAAUUAUAACCAAGGGAGCUACCAAGAAAAGAGUAAUUUUCAUCACCAGAGGCCUACAGUGCACACAAAGCCAAUUCAUGAUACUAAAAUACAUUUGAAUAUUCAGCAUCCAAUUCCCAAUCAGCUGCCACCAAAAGUUACCUCUGAAGUUUAUUUCGCUUCUCAAAUGCCUAGCAGCGAGCCUACUUCCAGUUAUACUAUUAGCUUCCCGCCGCAAUCACAUUCAGUUAAAAAUCAUUUCCAGACCCCUGCUAUUGAUAACCAUGACAAAUAUGUUUCUAUCAAUCAACAAAAACCAAAUACGCAAAAAACUUUAACAAAAACACCUGGAAACAAUGUGCAUAAACCAAUUAAAAUAACUCCGGAGUCUGGAAAUACUUUUGCACAUACAUUGAGCACUGCAACUACUGUACCUAUAAGUACUUCGCAACAAAAUGGACAAGUUAAUGCAGAUAUUCCUAUUGGAACUAAUUUUGCAAUAAAAGUUGAAGAUGAUCCAGCAAAAUACGAAAGUGUCGCCUUACAUGGAAAAAUUUCUCCAACAAUAUCCAGUCAGGAUAGCUAUUCACCUUAUAACCUUUAUAAUGAUAUGAAGAAUAAACUUUCGAAUAAUCGAAAUGCAUAUAAUAUUACAAAUACUUUGGUAAGAGAAACACACUCACCUUCUAGUACGCAGCAACCACAAGGAGCUACAUUUGAUUUUGGCAAUACACUGUCGUCGAUUAAUAGUCACGCAAAUUUCCCUAUGAUGAAUGAUCAUCAAGAAUCUAUUUACACUCAUAAACAAUCACCACACGUUCAAAAGGACGUGAAAGGAUCAAGUACCGUAAACAAUAAGUUUCUACCAGAUAACCAGCCUCAAAACACACAAACUAAUUCACAUGGAUGGUAUUUGAGUAUUUUAAAUGAAAAAAAUGUUAAGAAGAUCAAUGUUGAAACGUCGACAAGAGUAAUGAUUCCUCUCAACUAUGACACAAACAGAGAUAAUUUACCUGAAUUCGGUAAUAAGUUAGCUGCAGCAGGCAAACCUCCAUCUGACUUAUGGGAUCAAAAAACGAAGCAUCCUAUUAAUAACUUUAAUAUUGGAAAACCAUUCAGCAAAGUCAAUGAAAAUAAAAUAUCAAAUGGAUCUGCGUCAUCACAAUAUCAACAUGUUCAAUAUAUUCCGUCUAUUCCCGAUGAUAAGCAAAUCACAUAUAAUAUACCAAUUAGACAUGUCGUACAGCCUUCUACAGUAACUACUAGACCACCGCCUCAGGUACAAUCAGUGAAAGUCAUUUAUGAAAAUGCAGAUGAAGUUUAUGAUGGAGAUGAUUCAUCUGAAGCAAUUGGCGAUGCAGAUGGGGAAGUAAGCUCAGAAUCAGUCAAAGUUCCUAUUGUUGCUUCUUCUAAUAAUACGAUUGAAAUACACAAUUUCCAUGCAAAUUCUGAUAACAAUGCCUCUUUAGCAAAACCUGUACAAAAUAGUAUAAAAGAUACACAACCGAAUUCAGAAACACAAACUGAAAAACCGUUUGGACUUUAUACAAAGCCUGCGUAUCAUUCUAAUAAUAUACAAACAGUUUUUAAUAAUGAUCAAUAUAAUAAACCUAGACCUUUUACAAUUAACACAGCUAUGACGCUAGAUCAUCAGUUGCAACAGCCUCAUUGGCAAAUAAACCAAUUGAUGGUAAAUUCCACAAACGUGUCAUAUGAAGAUAAUAUGGACUUGAAUAUAGGCGAAGAAAUAAGUGCUAAGCCUGCGAGCACAACAUCGUCUAACAAUAUUGAAAAGAAUUUAUCUAAUAAAUACAAAUUAUCUUCAAAUGUGAACAACGGCAUAAAUAAUGCUAGUAUAAUUACUUCCACAGUUCAUAUACAUGAUAAAAAACCAAUUAUAGUAAAGGUGUCUGAAAAAACUACGUUGCCUACAUUUACCAUCUCUACCCACCUAGAUCGCAAUAACUCAAAAACUGAUAUAAUUGACUUAUCACCACCUCCACCGACUUCAAACAACAAUUUAAAGACUUCAACCGAUGCAGAACAAAUAAUGGGCAUGAGCCCACCACCUCCUAAGUUCCACUUACCUAAUAGACAUUCGCAGCGGAAACCGCCUCCUAAGCCUGUUUUACCAAUUAGAACACCUCCUCCAUAUUUGGCUCUACCACCGAAGUCGUUGCCACCUAGACUACCAACGCAAAAAACUAGUAAAAAACCAAAUACCCAAGAAGAAAUAUCGACAUACAGACCAACUUAUGAUAUCACGAAUAAAGCGAAACGACCUUUGGGAAAUCGGGAUCAGCCUUCAUCACAGUUAUUACCUCCACCAAUUCAUCCUCCUACUAUUAUUGUAAAAGAAACCUCGAAGUCUACACAAAUUCCAAAUUCAGUUAUAUUCCCAACGCCACUAUCAUCUGGAUGGUUAACUUCAUCGGGUGUAGAAUUUUCAUCUGGUAUAAAUUUUGCACCUACCUCCGUUCAAUUCCCAGAAAUUGUAUUGCCAUCAAAAACAAUAGAUGACGCAGGAACUAAAGUACAAGACUAUUCAUCUGAAAAUUCAUACUCGUAUGAAUAUGAAACGUCUGCUGAAACUGACAAUAGUUCAGAGAAGAAUCAUGAGAGUGUGUCAGUAUCACAAGAAAGUUCAAGUGCUAAACCGAGGCCUAGACCAGUUUAUAAACCAUACAGUAGUACAGAAUCGUAUGAAGACAGCAAGGAAUACGAAUCGAAAAAUACGACCACAACAAGCAAUUUAGGAAAUAGAAACAGAACUAGAAGACCAUAUCCGAUUCGAAAUAACGACAAAAAAUCAACGACGCCAAAAUACAAACUCUCCACAAAACCGUUCUCCGCUAUUAAACCUACUCGAACUCUUACUCGACCUGAAAUUCUGUACCCGACAAGAACUGCGCCAGUUAACAAAGUAGUUAGACCUUUGCCAUCUCAGCCAUCUCCUGUACAAAAUACAUAUGUUAUUGAGAGUUCCGAAUCUUCACCAGAUGAAUAUUAUGUAAAACCAACAGAUCACUUUAAUGAACCAACGAUUACACCAGAAAUCACUUCGAUUAUUGAAAAAACUAUAACUUCUACACUUACAGUAAGUAAGGAAAUUUUACCAUCCAACAGUCACCAAACACACCACGCUGGCAAUGAAAUUAAAAUAUCAGAUGAUAUAAUUCCAACAAAAACAGAAUUUAAAACAACUGUUAUCACCCAUACCAAAACUCUAUCUGAGCCUCCAGAAACUGUGUCAAGUAUUGGUUAUGUCAAUUUAACGCAUACUCUGACUGUAACACAUACUAAAACAAGCUUAGUUAGUCAAUCUGAAGGAGCUAUAACUGAAACUUUAGUUUUGACAAACACUGAGACAUCUACGAUCGUUGAUGUAGUCACUGAAAUAUAUACUCAAGUGUUACCAACAACUAUUAUUGAAACAGUGACUAAGCAUAUACCAGUUCAAGUUGAGCCUACAUCAGUUCAAAACAUACCAUCAACUAAGAUUGCUCUGGAUGAUAUUUCAAUGUCGUCUGAGGAGCGUGAAAAUUAUAUUAUUAAGGAUAACGAUGUAACAGAAAAUAUUCAAAAGAUUCAAGACGCAGAAGAGGAAAAAGAAAAUGAUACUUUCUUUGUGGUCAUGAAUAAAUCACAAAAUGGUGGAAAAUUACCUUCAAUUAAUACCGAUAUUGAUACUGGUGACUAUGAAGGUAUUACAAGAAAUGAACAGGUUAAUAAUAAUGGUGUAUCUCAAGUUUUGUUUGGAGAGAUAUUAUUAGCUGGAGCACCAUAUUUGGAAACAACUAAUGUCGGGCAUACUACAGGAUAUAGCAAAGAAUGCCAACCAGAUUGCAAGGCUUCAAGAAACGAAAGGUGUCAAAGAAUUGAUGGCAUCAUGAAAUGUGUUUGUAGACCUGGAUUUGCAAGAAUGUUCCCUGAUCGUCCAUGUAAACCAACUUACACAUAUUCAGUUAGUCUGGCUCUGGGAUCGCGUGGUAAUGAACGUUUGCGAUUCGAUGAAAAGCUCUCUGACAAUUCAAGCAAGGAAUACCAUGAUCUGGCUGUAUCGUCAUAUGAGGGUAUCAACAGAAUGAUCAUGCAAUCAGACCUACGUGACGUCUAUCAUGGUGUACAUAUCACGAAGUUCCACCCUGUUGCCAUUACAUCUCCUAAAGGAGACUACGAGGGAGUUGUCAAUGAUUUCUAUGUACAGCUCUCUGAUAACGCCCACGAAAGCCGUUUGAAGGAAGUGAUAGAGAAAUACCUGAGACACAACAAUUUCAGCUUAGGAGGUACACCGAUCCAUGCUGCAGAAACGCUCUUGGAUAGAUUGAAUGUUAGCGAUUUCGACGAGUGCACCAGUCGUCAGUUCCACGACUGCUCCGAGCACGCUCGCUGCUUCAACCUCCGCGGCACUUACACCUGCAGCUGCUUGGAGGGCUUCGCUGACCUCAGCGUCAAUACCAUGUACCCCGGUCGGAUUUGCUCAUCGGAGGCCGUCGGCUGCGCCGGCUGCAACUACCACGGCACGUGCUUUGAGCGUGAGAACAUGAUGAUCUGCGAGUGCUUCAAGUGGUACUCCGGGAGAACGUGUCAGGUCAAUUUGAAGGCGGUCCUGAUCACUGUGACGUCGAUCGGCGCGAUAGUGAUCAUAGUGGUGACCAUCUACGCGUCGAAGCGCUGCUGCUGCCAGAAGGGCCCAGCGACGCAGACCUUCGUUAUCGGAUGCAUGCAGGGCAUGCCCAGCUUACAUCAGGGUAACAUACCGAAGCAGAGGGCAGACCGUCGCGCGCUGAUAGCCGAGAGAGCGGAGGUCGCAGAGACUUGUAGUGUGCAGAAUACCUCGCUGCCUUAUAUACCGAGCAAGCAACAUCGUUCCCGAUCUAGCAGUAAGAAGUUGUCAUGUAUGGGCGCUCCACCUGCGCACGCGCCGCCGCCGCCCCCCGCACCCGCCGUCCUCAUACCCCGCGCAAGGCUGCAUCAUGACAGCCGAGACAACCUAUCCAGAAAGAAGAGUCUUGAAGCUUGCAACGAGGCGAAGCUGAUCAGCUACCUGGAGUCCGGAGCUAACAAUUCCAUUAAUGAUGAGAUGCGUCGCAAGCACAGCAUGGAGUCAUCAUACAGUGUCAACAAAGAGAAGCCGAACAAACAAGGAGCUCUCGUGUCAGCGGGAUUCAAAGUGUCCACGACGGUGCGUCCUGAUGAGUCAGCUCUGAAGGAUGACAGAGAUGACGCGUCAUCCAUCAACAAGACAGACUUGGAAGCCGAACUGUCGCGCUUCGACACACUUAGGAAAACAUACAGUCAAGAAGACAUGUCAGAGUGGACGGACGCUGAACGGCGUAUAGGAGAGCUGACGCUGUCAGAAGCUCGGUCUAUCGGUGGAACUCUCCCAGCCAGCACUGGCAGAGCUGCCUCCUCUACACGUCUUACUCAUCAGGAGAACACGAUGGCGGAACGCGACCUGGGCUCCACCUUCCUCCUGCCGCACGUCCACCUGUACAAACCCGACCUGACUAGCGAUGUAUCAGAGUUCGAUUCCCUAUAGUAGAAAAAUGAAGAUACAUCACGCAGUCCAGCCAACCUUCAAGAAAGCCAAC